AAAAGAAAAAGGAAAAAGGAAAAUAAUAAAAAAAAGUUUAUAUUUUCUCUCUCCUAUUACGAUUUCUCCAAUCGGUUACAAUCGAAUACAACUCAUCAAAAUCAGACCUCCAAUUUCCCUUUUUCUGCUCACUAAGAAUCCUCUAAUCUUAAUACGCCCUUUAUGAUGCGUCAGAUUUUGUGUAUUUCUAAAUACAGUGAAAAAUGAGUUGGUGGUGGGCUGGAGCUAUUGGUGCUGCUAAGAAAAAGUUUGAAGAAAAUGAAGCACCCAUAAGCUAUCAGAGUGUGGGGUUGGUGGUUGGCGUGACUGGCAUUGUGGGCAACAGCCUGGCAGAAAUCCUCCCACUCUCAGACACGCCUGGCGGCCCGUGGAAGGUCUACGGUGUGGGUCGACGACCACGCCCUAAUUGGAAUGCUGACCAUCCUAUCGAAUACAUCCAAUGCGACAUCUCAGAUCCUGAAGACACCAAUACAAAGCUUUCAACGUUGACUGAUGUCACCCACAUCUUCUAUGUUACUUGGGCUAACCGAGCCACUGAAGUUGAGAACUGCGAGGUGAAUGGUGCUAUGUUCCACAAUGUGCUGCGUGCUCUGAUCCCAAAUGCCCCAAACCUGAGCCACAUUUGCCUCCAAACAGGGACCAAACACUAUAUUGGCCCUUUCGAGUCCUUUGGCAAGAUCAAGCCCCAUGAUCCUCCUUUCACAGAGGAUUUACCCCGAUUGGAAUAUCCCAACUUCUACUACACUCUGGAAGACGUGCUGCAAGAAGAGGUCAGGAAAAAGGAGAGCUUGACUUGGUCUGUGCACCGUCCCGACACGAUAUUCGGGUUUUCCCCUUACAGCUUGAUGAACUUGAUUGGCACGCUUUGUGUCUAUGCUGCUAUAUGCAAACACGAGGGUCGUCCACUGAAAUUCCCUGGGACCAAAGCAGCUUGGGACUCUUACUCUGUGGCCUCAGAUGCAGAUUUGAUUGCAGAGCAGCAAAUAUGGGCUGCAGUGGACCUAUAUGCAAAGAAUGAAGCCUUUAACUGUAACAAUGGGGAUGUUUUCAGGUGGAAGCAUUUCUGGAAGGUCUUGGCUGAGCAGUUUGGAAUCGAAGAUUGGGGGUUGGAAGAGGGUGAGCGUUUGAGGUUGACGGAGUUGAUGAAGGACAAAGGUCCCGUCUGGGAGGAGAUAGUCAAGGAGAAUCAACUUGAGCCCACCAAGUUGGAGGAAGUGGGUGUGUGGUGGUUUGCUGAUCUCAUGUUUAGUGGGAGAGCUCCCUUGUCUAGCAUGAACAAGAGCAAGGAGCAUGGAUUCUUGGGGUUCAGGAAUUCCAAGAAUUCUUUUAUCUCUUGGAUUGACAAGGUUAAAGCUUACAAGAUUGUGCCCUGAAAAUGUUGGAAAUCAAAGUUGUGGGCAUGCAAUAUUUGUUGUGGACGUGUAGUUUUCGUUGCCGUUUGUUUUUCUAAAACUUGAUUGGUCGGAAAUAAACAUGAACAAGAGAAAAGGUGAAGCAUGGGCGUGAUUUUUCAUGGGAUAAAAUUUGGUUGAAUGUUGUGGAUUCAAAAUCUAGUGGCGUGAUAGUGUUUAGUUUUGUAGUCAAAAUACCUUUUGUUUUAAGCAUCCAUUUUGCAAGUCAAGAACUACAGAAUGCAUCUGUGAUCAAUAUGUUGAAUAAAUCGUUCCCAUUUAUCUGUUUGAUAAAAAUUCAAGAACUGCAUGUUCAUUUUAUUCUUUGGACGACCUCAAACUUUGCUAGACAUGGCUUCCGUUGUUGAAGAGCUUUUCAUCGAGGCUGACAGAGUUUUAGUUUGGUCAAUAAGCUUGAAGGUCUUAAAACACUUGUAAUGCCCGUCACUAGCAUUACU